GGUCGGGCCGGCGCGGGGUCUGACCCUCGUGUUCCGGAUGUUUGGAAUGGCCACGUACACGGUGGACCCGCUGCUGUCCCAGCCGGCGCAGCCCAUGGGGUUCUGCCCCCGCGAUUCGGCCCCGCCCUCGUCGCCGACGCCGAGGCUCCCCCGGCUCCCGCCUCCCGCACCUGUGUCCCGAUGGCCACCGGGGCUCCCCACCUUGGAGGCCUCCGCCUGCACCUACGAUAAAUGGAUGAUGCCACAAUUCAAGUGCUACUGGAAGGUGGUGAGCCCACAGACAAGGGUUGCCCUGGCUUUUGGACCUGUCGCCGCCGGAAGGUACGGGAUGGACAUGACCUUAUGGGAAGGACUCCAAGGGAGGGGAGACCUCUACAGGACGCUGCUUAGAGAAGGGACUACAGCUCUUCUCAACUCGUAUAAUAGCGUAGGGUUCUUCUACCCCACACUUGGUGUGAUAGACCGCAUGAACCGGGCCUUGCUUGGGUCUUCUCGGCAGGCUCUCACUACGGCAUUAAGGUUCAGAAGGGCCAACUCAGGUGCAUUUGGUCCUGGAAACGUUACCUGCAACUUUGACCCAUGUUCCUAA